AAAGGAACAAGUAUUCUCAGUUCUCCCUGGAGAUAGUGAGAGUGAGAUGUCGAAGCUUCUGUGCAGUUCGCAUUUGAAUGUUUUACAUCGCCGGAGCUUCUCUGCGAUUUUAUUGAAUUCUCCAUUCCCGAUUCAAUGCUGUCGCUUUUCAUCUCAUCUUAUUGCUUUUGAACCCCAAAUAGCGUUCUCGAAAAGGCGAGUUCUUCUACAAUCUUUCUCUAGCAAAAUUCACCAAAGGGACUUGUCAGCUCGAGCUUUUGAAUCGAGUUCUGAAACUAAAGAAGAGAGUCAGAAGGACGCCGAAACUUCUGAUGAAUCAGAAGCAAAGUCUGUGGAUGAUAAUGGAAGCUUGACAGGGUCGAAGGAUGAUUAUCCUAGUGGUGAAUUUGAGUUCAAGGAGAUUAGUGGAUGGAAGAGCUUUGUUGUGAAGCUUCGGAUGCUUUUUGCUUUUCCAUGGGAACGUGUCAGGAAGGGCAGUGUAUUAUCCAUGAAAUUGCGAGGACAGAUAUCUGAACAGCUAAAGAGCCGUUUCUCUUCAGGGCUGUCUCUACCAAAAAUUUGCGAAAAUCUUGUAAAAGCAGCAUAUGAUCCCCGUAUCUCUGGUAUCUAUCUUCAUAUUGAAGCCUUGAACUGCGGGUGGGGAAAAGUUGAAGAGAUAAGGAGGCAUAUACUGGAGUUUAGGAAAUCGGGUAAGUUCAUCGUGGGAUAUGUCCCAGCCUGCGGAGAGAAGGAGUACUACCUUGCUUGUGCUUGUGAAGAGCUUUAUGUUCCUCCUAGUGCUUAUUUUGCUUUGUAUGGUUUGACGGUUCAAGCAUCGUUCCUCGGGGGUGUUUUUGAGAAAGUAGGGAUUGAGCCUCAAGUGCAACGGAUUGGAAAAUAUAAAAGUGCUGGGGAUCAACUAAUGCGCAAAAACAUGUCAAAAGAAAAUUGUGAGAUGUUGACUGCAUUGCUUGAUAACAUUUAUGGAAAUUGGCUGGAUAAAGUUUCUUCUACUAAAGGAAAAAGCAGACAAGAAAUUGAGAACUUCAUUAAUGAAGGAGUUUACCAAGUAGAAAGGCUGAAACAAGAAGGUUGGAUCACAGACAUACAUUACGAUGAUGAGGUCAUCUCUAUGUUGAAAGAGAAACUGGGAGUGAAGAAGGAGAAAAAUCUCCCAACAGUCGAUUACAAGAAAUACUCUGGAGUCAGAAAAUGGACUCUUGGCUUGUCAGGGGGCAGAGAGAAAAUAGCUGUAAUCAGAGCCUCUGGAAGCAUUAGUCGUGUUCGUAGUCCAUUAAAUAGUUCGGGUAUUAUUGGUGAGCAGUUCAUUGACAAAAUCCGUAGUGUAAGAGAGUCAAAAAGAUAUAAAGCUGUUAUCAUACGAAUUGACAGCCCCGGAGGCGAUGCUCUUGCUUCUGAUUUAAUGUGGAGAGAGAUCAGACUUCUUGCUGCCUCUAAACCUGUCAUUGCGUCUAUGUCUGAUGUGGCGGCAAGUGGAGGCUACUACAUGGCAAUGGCAGCAGGAACAAUUGUUGCAGAGAAUCUUUCCUUAACAGGUUCAAUUGGAGUGGUCACAGGAAAGUUUAAUUUGGGUAAACUAUAUGAAAUGAUAGGCUUCAACAAAGAUAUAAUAUCAAGAGGGAAAUAUGCUGAGCUCACUGCCGCUGAACAACGCCCUUUCAGACCAGAUGAAGCUGAACUCUUUGCGAAGUCUGCACAGAAUGCAUAUAUGCAGUUUCGAGACAAGGCAGCUUUUUCAAGAUCAAUGACAGUAGAUCAGAUGGAAGAAGUUGCUCAAGGAAGGGUAUGGACUGGUAAGGAUGCAGCUUCCCGAGGUUUGGUUGAUGCCAUUGGUGGCUUUUCUCGUGCUGUUGCCAUUGCAAAACAAAAGGCCAACAUACCCCAGGACAAACAGGUUUCACUAGUUGAGAUGUCAAGACCCUCACCUUCUUUGCCAGAGAUCUUGAGUGGAGUCGGGAAUUCCAUACUUGGUGUGGACAGGACUGUGAAAGAACUGUUGCAAGACUUGACAUCUUCAGAUGGAGUCCAGGCCAGAAUGGAUGGAAUUAUGCUUGAAAGAUUAGAAAAAGCUUCGUUUGCCAACCCCAUAUUUGCUUUGAUAAAGGACUACCUUGGCUCUCUUUGACCUGAAACAGGCUAACCUUUUAAAGGUAUCAUAAGGCUUCCAGGGUGCAAGAAAGAAACAGGUGAUCCAACCAACCGAAUUCAAGUAAGGAGGAACCUUGUUCAUUUUAUUUUACGUUACUUCACAUACAAAUCCAUCUUUGUUCCGGAUGCGUAGUAAAGCAACAAAUUUGCAUUUAGAUUUAUUCGAACGGUUGAACAUUAUGUUAUACUUGUACAUAGAAUUCAAAGACAAAUUCGAAAUGAUGUUGGAUGUACCAUCUGAACUUUUAGAACAAAUUGAGCCAUACAUCUGGUCAUCUUUUUCUC